AUGGCGCCAUGGUGGGACUGCGACUCCGUAUAUUGCGGCUUUUGGAGUAAUCAAAGUAAUCACCCUGUCUAUCGCGGGACCUUGACGCUACCAAGUCAGUGGGCUCUGAUUCUUGUGGGUUUUUUCACCCUAUUCAUCACGAUCAUUGGCGGGUACCUGUGGGGCACGAUCGCCUUUGUCAUCCACCAAGUCAAUUCUUCGAGCAAACCACAGCUUGGUUCGCACCAUCAGCUGCAGCUCAUCCUCCGCAACACCGAGAGUGACGCCUCUUUCAUCAGCCACCUGAGCAGGAUAGCAUGGGCACACCGCCAUGGCGGGUCCAAAAUCUAUUGCAAGAGCGUGGUCUUGUUUUUAUUUGCAAGUUUGUACGCUCUUGUCUUUGCGCUGGGAGGUGGCUUCUCAAGCAGACUUAUCGUCGCUCGGGAUCCGAGUGUUCUUACCAUUGACCGGCACUGCGGCUGGCUCCAAGAACCUACCUAUCUAAACCCACCAGAACCCACGCUCGACACCAUCUACUCGAUUCCAGGAGCACAAUUAUACGAAUACAUCAAUGUAGUCACCGUCAUGCUGCGUAACGCCUUCCGCAGAAGUGCUAGUCACUCGCGGUCUUGCUACGGCCACUUGGGAGAGAACUCCACGGCUUGCAACAACUUCGUGCAGCCAACCUUGCCCUACACUAUCAAUCGAGAUGUAACGUGUCCUUUCAAUAAGAAGGCAUGCAAUGGCACCGCUAUCUCCCUUGAUACGGGUAGGCUGCGCUCCGAUAUUCAUCUGGGAGUCAACACACGUCCGGAGGAUGCGCUCUCCGUCAGAAAAGUUCUCACAUGCGUACCUCUGGCUGGGGAGAAGUACGCGACUGGCUGGCAGCAGAUCAUACCAGAGACAGCUUUUGCAACUGGUCUACCAUUCGACACGAAAGUAAAGUCCUACGCGUUUGGUCCGAGGCCGAUUGUCUUUGGGCAAAAUGUUGGCGUUGUCGGCUUGAAUUACACCUCUGGCAUGGACGAGAUUCGCUGGGUGCGAGGUGUUCAGCCUUACAGUCUUCAGAUCAGUAAUGCAAUCCUCGACCUACCUCCGAACUCUGUCUGGAAUCAGUUCACACCAAUCGAUGAUAUGUUAAACACUACGGCAGACACUACUAUUAUCGGAUUGACAGACAGGAACACUUUUGGCGCCUUAGUCUCAGAUCCUUGGUUUCGCGCAGACAAUUGCACUGUCUUCCCAGGGUCAUUGGCUCCCAUGUAUUGCAAAGCGCCGAAUCCGCUGUCCUUCCUUGGCUGUCAAGAGCAAUAUCAGUUCUGCAAAGCAGGUUCAGCCGAUUCUUCUGCGACACCAGAUCCUGCAACCAAAGGUUCCCAUUCUUGUACUCCACUUACUGGCCUCUACAAGCUCUUCCCAGAUCUUUUGUUCGCCAAGGGACCCCAAUGGAACGGUACCACACUCACCGACCUCAAUCCUACCCAGGAGGCCCUCUACUACUUUUUAGCAAAGAUAAUAUCAAGCAGCCAGCUCCAUUGGCAGCUCGGCUUCAUAGGCCACGAGAACCUGAUCGCGCAAGAUGCGCUUUGGGAUAGUGGGUUUGGUUUCGAGAUGUCUGCAGGCCUGCCUUCUAAUCAAUGGGAAACUGAGGUCAUGAAUUGGAUGAACGUCUCUCUCUCGAGCACACAACGUGGAGCUGUGGCAUACAGUCGCCCCGGUCAGUACGAUGUCAGCAGCACCAACUCAAGCCUGCAGUACAUCGAACAACCACAGGACCCAGAAUUGCGCAACCUUUGCGGCAGAAUCAAGAUACGGAGUGGCCGGCAUACCUCCUUCUCCGUCAUCGGCAUGGCAGCUACCAUCUCGUUUGGCCUUAUGUGCAUUCUCUGCAGCUAUGCCAUCCGGCCGUUGUUCACUUGGAUCCAACGCCGCACAGGGCACGGCAUCUACAAGACUCAAGAGUGGACGGACUCAUCCACAUUCCAGUUGCAACGCAUGGCAGCUGAAGGCAAAGGUAUUGGGCCUUGGAAAGGCAAAGAAGGCGACGUGCCGACCUUGGUGGAACCGGAAUUUCGGUUCAGCUUGGCUGAUAGAAGACAAUAUGGCAAUGUCGAGAGCAAUUCGGACUUCGUUGGCAACACCGGGUAUGGAGUUCAAUAUCAACCUCUGAACAAGCGCUUAAGCCCUCAGGAGGAGGAAGCUGAUUCGCAGGACUUUGUUGAGCUGAGGAAUUUAGGAGGAAGAACUGCUUACAGUUCGUGA